UCGAACAAAAUUGUUUUUGUUGAAUAUAUAGAAUGUGUUUGUUACUUUUGAUUAUAUACAUAGAUAUUUUCUCAUAUGUAUUUACAGCGCAAUAUGAACAACCGGUGGCUGCUACACUGUGGCAUGAACGCUGUAAGAAGAAUUCUCACGUACUAAAUGAUUGUAACUGGUGUUGGUGCGACUCUACUUAUCAGUACAGAUGUAGUGCUCGCGUUUGCGGACAGGUUGAUAUGUUUGGACAUUUCAACGAUGCUAUUAAGGAAAUAAACGUCGGAAUGGAAGGCAAAGGUAGCUGGCGUUCAACAGAGUCAGCUUGCGUCCCAGGAGUGUACUACAGACGUGGUACUGUCCUUUGUGUAUGCAACGAAGACGGCUACUGGCCUAACCCUGUCUGUAGAGAUAUCUUCCGUAUCCUACAUUCAGUUGAAGUAACCCGAGGUAUUGAGGUAACGCAGAAAUGUGAACCAACCAAAUUAUAUCUAAUAAGUUGCAAUGUAUGUUUCUGUCCGUCAACUGGACUUUUAAAUUUAGAAUUCUGUACGAAAUUAACAUGCUCCAAUGAAGAUCCUGUUUUAAACGCAACUACAAUCGAAGAGAAACCAGAGACUAAAGAAGAUGUAGAAGUGUACGCAACAUGUAAUACAACUAUGGUUUAUUCUCUCGGCUGUCAAACUUGUACAUGUCUACGUAAUAAUCGGCUACUCUGUGACAAUUGUACAUCUGUGGAAAAAAGUAAUUCUAAUAAAACGAAAAAUAACGAAACGAUUUGUGAAAAUUAUGAAAUAGGUCAAAUAUUUUACGUCGAAUGCAAUCUAUGUUUUUGCGAUGAUAACUCAUCUAUGUAUUGCACGACGAGGCAAUGUUUAAAACGAUUCCCUAUAAAAGCAAUACAGCUUAGUACAUUCGAGUCCAGUUUAACACCUGUAGACGAUCACGAAUGUCUACCCGGUACAAAAUAUAACAGGGAUUGUGAAAUAUGUUAUUGUGAAAAGCAAAAUGGUGUAACAACAUUCAGUUGUACAAUAAAACAAUGUAAUCCUAAACCGAAAAUGGAUUUAGUUGUCACCGAUUGUGUUCAAGGCACUAUAUAUGAAAGAAAUUGUUUAAUAUGUCGAUGUGACAUAUUAGAAGUUAAAAGAGAAACUUGUAUUAUUGAUACAAGAUGUUCAAGGAUACGUGGAGACAAAGAAAUCCAUACACAUGGAUUAGAAUUACUAUAUGGAUAUUGUCAACCAUUACACAUUUACACAAAUGAUUGUAAUAUUUGCCAAUGUGCUGUAAAUGGUAAAUUAUGGAAAUGUACCACUCAUAAUUGUGUUAAACCAGCUCCUGUUGUUGUUGAUUUGGUACCAGUAUUACCGGAAUACCCAGAUCCAUGUCCGAAAGGUGGUUCUUAUAAAUUAGAUUGCAAUGUAUGUUUUUGUUUAGAUAAUGGUAACGCUAUUUGUACUACUAAUGAUUGUUUAAAAAUAGAAAAGAAUAAGGACAUUUAAUUAUUAAAUAAAUAUAUACAUUGAUAA